ACUUCUUGCAAUACAAUCGGGGAGCUACGUCCGACCAUAACAUAAUGGACAAUCUCCAACAAAAGCCUCCGUCCGCCUCCCACCACCCCCAACAGCCGCCGCGUCGCAACGCCCUUAAAAACUUUAUCGGGAUGCUAUUUGCGUUUAUGGUUGUCGGUGGCAUUAUCCUCCUCGUCAUCUGGCUUGCCAUCCGCCCACACAGGCCGGUUUACUCCGUCGUGAAGGCCACCGUCCACAGCUACAACUUAACCGACAGCGACAACCGCCUCACCGCCGACUUCAGCUUCACCAUCAAAGCCUACAACCGCAACAGAAGAACCUCCAUAAAAUACAAACCCCUACAAGCGCGGCUCUACUUCGGGAAUGAGGAGAUCGCGGUUGCCACCACCGCGCCGUUCCGGCAGCCGCCCCGGGACGUCACCUACCUGCCGUUAUCUCUUCAGGCCAAAAACGUGGCGCUGAACGGCGUGAAGGACUUCAAGAACCAGAGGACCGCCGGGAAGGUUGAGCUGGUCGUCAAGCUGAACGGUCGGGUUCGGUUUAAGACCGGCGCGUGGAAGUGGUACCAUCGCCGGAUGAAGGUGACGUGCAAACCCACCGUUAUGUCGUACUCUUCUGACAAUUUCAAGGAGGCCCGGUGCCACGUAGGUUUCUGACGUGGCAUGAAAAAAGUAUUUCGUGUGCCUUGUGUGAGCUACUAUGAACGAGUUUAACUAUUACUGUAUGUUGUGAUUUUUGCAUUUGACUUUUUUAAUAUUUGUGCGAAUUGUGUAUUUUUGUACAUCGUGUAUGCAAUUGGGAAUAUUGAUGAUUUAAUUUUGAUAUCGGGGUGUUUGAAAAUGAAGUUUCACUAAAAAAAUUGAGGUCGGAUACCUUUUA